GAUACUGUAAUGAUGACAAGUGGAAAACUGGAAAUCCUCUUGCAAACAGAGGAACUCAGUGAAUAAAUAUUGAAAAAUGAAAAAUCACGAUUUGAAAAUUGCGAUUUUCUCCGUCCUCUGAAAUCUGAAUGGAGCUGUCUGCACCUCCAUGUCUUCCAAAAUGCCCAUCAUCCCUGUUUCUCAAAUCUAGGGUUAGGUUUUUUCAGAGGACGCUGAACCCAACAUCCCUACAUUCCAAAGCUUCAAUCUUUUCAGUGAAUCACCGCAGUCUCACCCGAAUGGACCCUCUCAUAAACGUCUCUUGUGCUGCUUUGGUGAGAGACAACAACUCUCCAGCUACAUCAGCUUUGCCAGUUGACUCAGGUGCUAGAACAGGUGAGGUGAAAAGGGUCACUAAGGAGACUAAUGUCUCAGUCAAAAUAAACCUGGAUGGUUGUGGAGUUGCUGAUAGUAGUACUGGAAUUCCCUUCCUUGAUCAUAUGCUAGAUCAACUUGCUUCACAUGGGUUGUUCGACGUUCAUGUCAAGGCUACAGGUGACACACAUAUUGAUGAUCAUCACACAAAUGAAGAUGUUGCUCUUGCUAUUGGAACGGCUUUGCUACAGGCUCUUGGUGAUAGGAAGGGUAUUAAUCGGUUUGGUGACUUCUCUGCACCACUUGAUGAAGCAUUAAUACACGUUUCACUGGAUUUAUCUGGCCGGCCACAUUUAAGUUAUAAUUUGGAUAUCCCUACCCAGAGGGUUGGGACAUAUGAUGCUCAGUUGGUGGAGCAUUUCUUCCAGUCCUUGGUGAAUACUUCUGGCAUGACACUUCACAUUCGGCAGAAUACAUAUGUAUUCCUCUGUGAACAGCUUGCUGGAAAAAACUCCCAUCAUAUUAUUGAGGCAACCUUCAAAGCUUUUGCUAGGGCUCUUCGACAAGCAACAGAGUACGAUCCAUGUCGCCGUGGAACAAUACCAAGUUCAAAAGGAGUUUUGUCAAGAAGUUAAUUGGAUUGAGCUCCUACUAUCUACAUAAGCGGACUUCCAUAGUUCUUCACACACUUUCAUCCAAAAUGAAGGUGCUUAGAAUAGAUGUCAGAGAUGAUAAGCACCAGUGCUGUGUGCCUGUAUUUGUCAUAAAAGUUACUGGCCUCUGUAAACCAUAUUGUAGCACCCAUUUACUCUUGGAGAUAGAAAUAAAAUUCUUCUUGUAUUGCUUUUCUUAA